GUUAAAGGUUUUUUUUAACAAUAUGCGUGUGCCUGUGAUAGUAUUACACCUGUUUACAAUAGUAUUUUACUGUUUAAUUAACAAUGCAGAUACUAAACAAGAGGAUAAAAACGCAAAAAAUAUUAAACAAUAUUUAUCACAUAUACCAGAAGAACAAAUUGCAAAAUUUCAAAAAUUCGAUUAUAAAUCAUGGAAUUUGGAGAUAGCGCAAAAGUUACAAGAAACGGAGAGCAUGCCUGACAGUACAAUUUCAUCGAAAACGUGUAAGCCGAGAUCGAUAUUCCCAGGAACUUUAGGAUGUAUAUAUUGCAUUUGUAAUGAUCGAGGUACGAACGCAUAUUGUGUACCUCUUGAAUGUAAAAGAGGUGUAAAAGGAAUCCUUUAACAAAAGACUAAAAUUAAUGUAUACUCAAUUUAGUAAGAGUAUACAAUAAUUAUAAUUUACAUUAUUGUGUAAUUAUUAAUAUUAA